AUGAAGGUGGCCAUGGAGGCCAUUUCAUCUCACCUUCUCACUGCUACUGCUGUCGUUGGCAACAUCACGAGUGUUCGGCAAGGCGACUUUACCCUUCUACCGGCCUGUGAACUACCUGCUGUCACGGAUUAUAAAUCGAGGGGCUGGAACUGGACGCACAACGAUAUGCAGAUACUGUCCCCGUCACAGUUCAUUAUCCCGCAUCGUCAUAACGGUUCCCUCACCGUCCAGGCCCAGCUUGCUGACUUCAACUCUACUUAUCAGUGUGAAGCCUACGUUGUACUGGCCAACGAGACUGUCGUUAAGGGCGAAACUAAAGUGCAUUUUAUAAUACCUAUAGUGGCCGCCUUCCUGACAAACCCACCGACAAACCGGUCCAUCAGAUGGGGUGCUUACUACACAUUUCCCUGCGAUGCCGGUGGGACGGAUGUCGUUCUCGAGAGACGACUUAACGGACAGGUUUGUUUUUCUUCUGCUCUCCCUUUCCCUCCCUCCCUCUCUUUCUCUCGCUCUAUUUCCACUGUUUUGAUCGAUAGUCAUCUAUAUGGUGGGGGAAAUUGUGGACUAAAGGUGAGAAGGUUAAAAUUAUUGGCAGCUGUGUGA